AUGUUCCACAGCCACUCGGCGGGACCACCAACGCAAUCGUCCUCAUCCUCGUCCUCGUCGCCGCUCUCAUCGUACCGCCAUCAUCAUCAUCACCACCACCAUCACCAUCUGAGUAAUGGCGGUGGUGCCGGUCUUGCCGUCGGUGCCGGUGGUUCCAGCAGCAGUUGUAGCAGUCUCAGCCUUGGCCAUAACCUCAACGCGCCGUCCUCGGUCUCACCCACGGGAACCGAAGGCGGCAGUAGUCUAGGACACCAGCUUCAUCACCACAUCAGUAAUUGUAUUAAUCCUUUAGCCGACGGGCUCUCGCACGACUUUGUUUAUUUGCCGUCGGAGCGACCGAAGCCUUCUCUGCUGCUGGCUGGAACCAGUAGUUUGUGGCAGUUUGCACCAUCUCCUCGCCAUCUGCGUUAA